AUGGCAUCCUCCAUCAGCGCCUCGACCAACGGCCACACCAACGGCAAUGGCAAGGCCCCCCAAACCCCGGGCAACGUCCCAGCGACCAGUCUGGUGCAGGUUCAACCUGCCCGCGUGGAGGACUUGCAGCCACGCUAUGCCCAGCAGAUCAAGCACGACGAUGACAACCCAGAUGCACAUGGAUGGUAUGCUUCUAUGAUCCACGGACUCGGCGAGUGUAUCGGUUGCUUGGGAGCUAUUCCCUGCUGCAUUAUCUGCCCCAAUCCCUUCAAGCCAGUCGCUCAGGGUGAAGUCGGCUUGAUUCAGCGCUUCGGCCGAUUCGAACGCGCCGUCGAUCCUGGCCUCGUCAAAGUCAACCCCCUCAGCGAGCGCCUGCGAACAGUCGACGUCAAGAUCCAAAUCGUUGAAGUCCCCCGUCAAGUCUGUAUGACCAAGGACAAUGUCAACCUCAACCUCACCUCAGUCAUCUACUACCACAUCGUGGCGCCGCACAAGACCGCCUUCGGCAUCGCGGACGUGCGCCAGGCCCUCGUCGAGCGCACCCAGACCACUCUGCGACACGUCGUCGGCGCCCGCGUGCUACAAGACGUAAUCGAGCGCCGCGAGGAAAUCGCUCAAUCCAUCAGUGAAAUUAUUGAAGACGUUGCCGCGGGCUGGGGCGUCAAGGUCGAGUCCAUGCUCAUCAAGGACAUCAUCUUCAGCAAUGACUUGCAAGACUCGCUGUCGAUGGCCGCGCAGUCCAAGCGGAUUGGUGAGAGUAAAGUCAUUGCUGCGCGUGCGGAGGUUGAGUCGGCCAAGUUGAUGCGUCAAGCUGCCGAUAUUUUGUCCUCGGCACCGGCUAUGCAGAUCAGAUACCUAGAGGCCAUGCAGGCAAUGGCAAAGACCGCCAACAGCAAGGUCAUCUUCUUGCCGGCUCCGGGCCAGACGGUGUCGCAGCAACUCUCGUUGGCGGAGAACCUCGGCGAAGGGCCCAGCAGAUACCAGAAUCAGGAAAACAGCUACGAGAAUGAUGAUGGAUUCCAGCGUGCUGUCAACGCGCGUGUCGUUGAGAACAUCUAA